UCAAGCCAUAAUCCAAUGCCCUGCCGUUCACGCACCGGACAAAUAUCUUGGUCAAUUGGACAAUUCCGAUCGACGCGUCUCAACUUGGAGUCCAACUAGGUAAUCACUUUCAUGUCGGAAGCAAAAACUGUCAUCCCACAUUCUUCCUACCUUGAGCCGCCAGCGGUGCUGGUCUGGUUUCUUACCAAGAACCCCUGAAUACCUAAAGGCUAGGCCUUGUUCACGGACAACCUAGGCCUGGCCUCAUAAUGGGCCGGCACCACUUGCGCCUGUUCAUGACCCUUCCCAAGACACAGAACGAUCCGAACAAAAAACACUCCCUUCCGCCCAUGCUUCCCAAGCCUGAGCAAGAACCCUGGCCCUGGCUACUUCACCUGCCUUUCAUCUUGCCCUUGUACAGCUGGAUUCUCCACGAACUGCUGUCAAGACCCUCCAUUCUGUGCCCUUGGACCAUGACCUCCCGCAACGGACGCCCGCAGCCACCCCCGGUUCCCGCCAUUCUCCCAGUUGCAACGACAAUGGACAACGCAGACCCUGGCGCACCUAGUCUGGGCAUAAUAGUACCACCUGCUGCAUGCCGCAGGGAACCGCCAUCAAAUCUGCAAGGGCAGGCUCCUUACGAACCGGUCAAAGCAUACAGCAAACGGCGUACAGUAUGCAGCCCCUGGAUGAACGAGGCUGCAAUCUUGUCGACGUCUUCGUUGCCAUCAAUCGACCGGAGCUCAAAAUGCAUCGGACGAUAUCAAUCACACCCCGUCACACGGCAUGAACGAGCCAGAUGAGCACUCGCAUUGGCAUCGGGCAGAAAUCAACGGCCAAGCGGCUUUUCCCACGACACAGACACCAGAUUCUGCCACCAUCCGUCUGCAUCUUUGGUCCUGGUCUUGUCUCCCUGCUUGAAUCGUGCUGUCUUUCGAGAAGUCUGGCAAUUGAAGCACAUCGCGUACUGUCAAAAGGGUUUUGGCUCCUGUUGUGGUGGUGCGGCCGGUUUUCCCGGCCCAACCAAUUUGAAUUUG